AUGGCACCAAGGACCCUGUCCAGCAGCGAUGACAAGCAGGACAGAGAGACGGAGAAGGGCCGCCUGGAGGAGGCGUUUGAGAAGUGCGACCGGGACCUGGAUGAGCAGAUCGUCCAACACUACGCUGAGCUGACCACCGCCAUCCGCACCUACCAGAGCAUCACCGAGAGAAUCACCAGCUCCCGUAACAAGAUCAAAGGGGUGAAGGAGAACCUGCUGUCCUGUAAGAUGCUGCUCCACUGCAAGAGGGAUGAACUGAGGAAGCUGUGGAUCGAAGGCAUCGAGCACAAACACGUCCUCAACCUGCUGGACGAGAUUGAGAGUAUCAAGCAGGUCCCACAGAGACUGGAGGCCUGCAUGGCCAGCAAGCACUACUUGCAUGCCACCGACAUGCUGCCGGUAAGCUUCAUCAAAGCGGCCCAGGGGCCACCACAGUCCUACACUCUUCUUCCAAACUCAGGUAAUUAG